UUCUCACCCCGCUCUAUGGCCGACUCGGCCGCCAUGUUUGGGCCCCCGCUUUUCUGGGCUCGCGUCUCUCCAGGCCUUCCCAGCGUCGCCGCGGCCUGUUCCAGGGCUCCUAGAUCCGGCCAAGGCCUCCCGUUCACCCCGCGCGCCGCCUUGCGGAGGGCCAGCCCCUGGCCAGAGGCUUCGCCUUGGCCCGAACAUUUCCGUUUCAACGGAAUCGUGGGGCUGAGGGUGAGGACAGGGCCGACCCGUGACGGCAUUCCUGGUCCCCGGUACCUCGGGGUUAGGGAAGAAACGCCCGCCGAAGAACUGGAGUUGGGGGUCAGCGCCUUGGAGCCCGAGAGCUGGGGACCCCGAGAGCCGGGACUUCAUUUCCCAGGUGGCCACGCGCGCGACCGGACGUAUGCGCGCCUAUAAGAGGACAUAACGCCCCCCCCCCCCACCCCGCCUCAGCUUUUCGGCUCUAGUGCAGCGGUACGUGGUGGUCGAUAGUGUUGCUGAGAGUCUCUCUGCAUCUUUCAGGAGCCAAGGGAGCAGCGGCUCUGGCGCGGGUUGGCAAGAGACGGGUCUCGGAGACCCCAGUCCCCUUUCGUCUCACUGUGGUUCGGCGAUGAGAAGACAGUCCUUCAGAUGUUAACUGAUUUGCUCAAGGAGCCUCAGAGCCUAAGAACUGGAGUCCAGGCCACUACUCUGUCAGCUUGUCACUGGGUAUAAAGGGCUGCCUGGUCAGAAUGGCUGUGGGAUGGUUUUACCUGUCUGUCCUGGCACUGUGCUCCCUGGGCUCGAUAUGCAUCCUCUCCACCAUCUACUGGAUGCGGUACUGGCACGGUGGCUUCGCCUGGGAUGGCAGCAUCCUCAUGUUCAACUGGCACCCGGUGCUCAUGGUGACAAGCAUGGUGGUGCUCUACAGUGCUGCAUCGCUGGUCUACCGCCUGCCCCAGUCAUGGGUAGGGCCCAGGCUGCCCUGGAAAUCCGGCCACGCAGCCAUGCACCUGCUGGCCUUCCUCCUGACUGUGCUGGGGCUGCACGCAGUCUUUGAAUUUCACAACCACGCAAAGAUCCCCCAUCUCUACUCCCUGCACAGCUGGCUGGGCAUCACCACUGUCUUCCUCUUCGCCUGCCAGUGGUUCCUGGGCUUCUCGGUCUUCCUGCUGCCCUGGGCAUCCAUGUGGCUGCGCAGCCUCCUGAAACCCAUCCACGUCUUCUUUGGAGCCUCCAUUCUCUCUCUCGCCAUUGCAUCUGUUGUUUCUGGCAUUAACGAGAAGCUUUUCUUCAGUCUGAAAAAUGGCACCAAGUCAUACUCCAACUUGCCCAGUGAGGCUGUCUUUGCCAACUGCGCUGGGAUGCUGGUGGUGGUCUUCGGGCUGCUGGUGCUCUAUAUCCUACUGGCUUCAUCUUGGAAACGCCCAGAGCCAGGGAUGCAGGCCGAGAGAGAGGCUCUGUUGCGUGGCGGGGAGUGAAGCAGGAAGGGGCUCCCAGAAGCAGUCGGCCCUGCCAGGUCCCAGGCUCCAUGCUGCUGUGCUUAAGUGACAAGCGGCAGGACACCUGGUGUCCUGACUUCUGGCAGGAGGCAACAAGGCUGACUGUCCACCCCACCCCACGUGGCCAGAUGCUGGCAAGAGGGCUGUGACUGAACUUCCCAAGCGCCUGAGACCCUCCAAAGGCACUGGGAUGCCCGCCAGGCACUCUGGUCACAAGACCAGUUCCCCCUUUUCUCCACGUGGGUAGGCAUUUGACUUAAGAGGCUUGACUUUCAUUAAAUGU